GGCUCCGGAGCAUAAACAAGAGCAGGGUCGGGAUGAGGCGGCGGUUGAUCCCGGAGCAGCGAGUGGCGGCGAGCGAGGCGGCGAGCGGGGCCCGGCGCCGAGCCUGAGCGCAGCCCGACUCGCCCUCGCGCGCGCGCGCGCGCGCGCGCCCGCCCGCCCGCCCCUCGGCCGGGCCGAUCCGCGCGCCCAGCCAUGAACCUGGCGAGCCAGAGCGGCGAGGCCGGCGCGGGCCAGCUGCUCUUCGCCAACUUUAACCAGGACAACACCACAAUGCCAGAGGCAGCAAGAGGCGCUGGGCGCGGUGAUCUCGCGGUGUACUGGUCCCUAGCUGUUGGUAGUAAGUCCGGUUAUAAAUUUUUCUCCCUUUCUUCUGUGGAUAAGCUGGAACAGAUCUAUGAAUGCACCAGCACGGAGGACGUGUGCAUCGUGGAGCGGCUGUUCUCCAGCAGCCUGGUGGCCAUCGUCAGCCUCAAAGCCCCCAGGAAGCUCAAGGUUUGCCACUUCAAGAAGGGAACCGAGAUCUGCAACUACAGCUACUCAAACACCAUCCUGGCCGUGAAGCUGAACCGGCAGAGGCUCAUCGUGUGCCUGGAAGAGUCUCUGUACAUCCACAACAUCCGGGACAUGAAGGUGCUGCACACGAUCAGGGAGACCCCUCCAAACCCCGCGGGCCUGUGUGCGCUGUCCAUCAACAACGACAACUGCUACCUGGCGUACCCGGGGAGCGCGACCAUCGGGGAGGUGCAGGUCUUCGACACCAUUAACUUGAGAGCUGCGAACAUGAUCCCGGCUCAUGACAGUCCUUUAGCGGCGUUGACUUUUGACGCAAGCGGAACCAAACUUGCCACUGCUUCUGAGAAGGGGACCGUGAUUAGAGUGUUUUCCAUUCCGGAGGGCCAGAAACUCUUUGAGUUCCGGAGGGGAGUGAAGAGGUGUGUGAGCAUCUGCUCGCUGGCCUUCAGCAUGGACGGCAUGUUCCUGUCUGCCUCCAGCAACACCGAGACCGUGCACAUCUUCAAGCUCGAGACUGUGAAAGAAAAGCCUCCAGAGGAGCCCACCACCUGGACUGGCUACUUUGGGAAGGUGCUCAUGGCCUCCACCAGCUACCUGCCGUCCCAGGUGACAGAGAUGUUCAACCAGGGCAGGGCCUUUGCCACAGUGCGCCUGCCGUUCUGUGGCCACAAGAACAUCUGCUCGCUAGCCACGAUUCAGAAGAUCCCCCGGCUGCUGGUGGGCGCGUCCGACGGGUACCUGUACAUGUACAACCUGGACCCGCAGGAGGGCGGCGAGUGCGCCCUGAUGCGGCAGCACAGGCUGGACGGCAGCGUGGAGACGGCCAGUGAGACCCUGGACUCUGCCUCUCACGACUGCCCCCUGGCGACACAGACGCGAGGCACAGCUGCCGGGAAAGGUGCCUACGCGCCUUCGUCUCCCACGAGACUUGCCUACACAGAUGACCUGGGGGCCGUGGGAGGCGCCUGCCUGGAGGAGGAGGCCGGCGCCCUGCGCCUGGACGAGGACAGCGAGCACCCUCCCAUGAUGCUGCGCACCGACUGAGCCUGCCCCGGAGGCUGAGGCUGGACAGGGGCCCCGAGCGCUGCUGCUAUGGACUGAGCCGACGGGGGGGGCGGCAGAGGCUGCUCCACACCAGGUCGUAGCGGCAGUCUAACUCCGUACCGUCUCACCCCCGUGGCUUUCAACCUGCUUACAAACUUUCGCUUUUCCUUUGUUUUCUCUUUUUGCCAAAAGUAACUGUUUGGUGAAGCCCUCGAGACUUUCUUGCUUUGCAUGCGUGAAUGUGCCAAGCCGGCGCAAGGUGGUCGGAGCCGCGCAGCCUCCGGCACCGUUGUCUGGGCUCCGGAGCCGCACGCUCCGACGACGGCGUGCAGAGGAAGGCGGCGGGGGCCGCCGGGGCCUGGCCUGGCCCCUCUCUCCCUGCGGCCCCCCCGGACCAUUUUCCUUCCGUUUUAUUUUGUUAAUUAAAUUCUUUCCAAAUUGGAUUAUGCUGGGAUUUCUUCCUGGUGGACUUGGAAGAGAGACGGGUUCCUGGCGUUCUUGGCGUUCCUCUCUGACAGCAGGUGAACUUGAACUCGUGCCUGGACGCCUGGAGCAGGCAGCCGUGGUGUUCGUGCGUGAAUGACCUGUCUCCCCCUUCACUCUUCCGUGGAACAGCGCUGUGGUUUUAACUUUUCUAUUUUUAGGGAAGUUUGUAGCUACUGUGGCAGCUGAGCCCUGCCGUCGGCUCCCCCGGCUCUGCUCGGAAGGGGAUGAGAGGUCGCGGUCAGAAGCCACGCGUCUUAGCUCCCUGCCGCCAUCCAGCGUGAAGCAGGUCGCCUCCCUGGACUGCGUUCCUGACCGGGCGCCGUGCUCCCAGCGGGGAAGGCAUUGGCGGCGGCCGUGGCGCGGAGAGGUGCAGGGAACGGCAGAAGUGAAACAAACCCUGCGCUUGCCGUGCCUGGCUGUUGUGUCGUGGGGGCGCCCGGGCAGAGGCGGGCGCGGGGCAGGGGAGAGGCCGGCAGGCGUGGAAUCCCUGGCCCUGUGGUGCAGCUGUGUGGUGAGAGUGCUGCUCCCGGGGGAGGAGUCAGAGGGCCUCGGUGGGGCCUGUGUCCCUCCCCUGGGCGUGGCCAGGGGCCCGCACGGUCUCAGGCCAGCACUGGGCCCGUGUCAGGUGCAGGGGGACAGGGCGGGGGCUCAGUGCACCGUGCCCGCUGUCCUCUCUCUUGGGUCCCCUCCCUCUCAGCCUCAGUGGCUUCCAUGUCAAGCCAAGGCCAUGGGGAGAAGCGGCCUCUGCUGUCCCAGGUCAGCAGCUCCUGCUCUCCACCAUGGGAGGCCAGGGCUAGGCAGCUGCCAGAGAGAGCCCUCGGCCUGCUCGGCAGGGGGUGGUGUCCCUGGGGAGGGUCAGCCACCCUCCCUCCUGUGCCCGGUUCACUGCCGGGAGUGCCUCUUCCUCUGUGUGAGGCCUUGGGCAGAGCGGCGGUGGGGCGGGCUCGGCUGUGGUGCCGUGGUGCCAGUACCGCACGCCAGCUCCUGCCCCGCUGGCCCGGCUGCUGGCUCGCUGCACCCUGCACGGUGGGGCAAUGCCGGGCUUCAUCACGGAGUGUUUUUUUUUUUUUCAAGCUUCAAAAAGGACUUGGGGGUAGGAGAUGGGCAUCAAAACCUUGAGAUGUCCCCAGUGGACUUGUGGGUCGGGACCAAGCCUGUUUGUCUUGAACAAUGGACCCAAGAGUUAUAUUGAACCUGGAGCCAAAGAGAAGAAGCCGGGCCGAGUGGGCGCGCUCAGUGGCCAGCAACGUGGCCGCCACGUCCGCCCUGAGCCCGACUGCUCUUCGGGACUGAAGCCUGGUGUCAGCACAGUGCCUGCGUGCAAAGCCGGGGGCAGGCGGCUGCGAGUCUCCCCCGCACGUGGGCUCGUGGGCGGCAGCCCCAGCCCCUGCCGCGCCCGGUCCUGGGGCGUCAAGAGCUCUGGGCAGCCUGGCCCUGGCCUCACGAGGGCCUGCUGUCUGCCGCCGCUCUCUUGGGGCAGGAGGGGGUGCCGACUCUCGUUGCCGCUGGCAUGGUUGGGCCUGCUCCAUGCCGGGUGUCCCUGCCCAGCAUCUCUGCAGAACCCACGGCGUGUGUGCGGCACGUGCCUGGACGCUGGGGGGGGGGGCUGAAGGGCGCUCAGUCCCUCAGCUCGGGGGCACCUAUUUCUGGAUGCACGUGGCAGCCCCUUCAUCCUGUGGGAAAAAAGAGAAAAAGCCCAGUUCUCUGACUGUGGAAGUCUCGUUUGAAAAAUUAAAUCUUUUUGAAAGGC